UACACUCUCCAAAUGCAUUGAAUUAAUAUGCAAAAUAAUACCGAAAAGCGUUAAUUAUGACACAAAAUGUCCCAAUUCUUAAGCUGUAUGCCUAGCCUUAAGAACAAUCUGGCAACACUUUUUACAUGUAAACACAAAUCAAACAUAAGCCAAAUAUAACGUCGUUGAGCUAUUAAUUAACAUAAAAUUAAAAUGCAAUUCGUAUAUUGUGAUAUCGUUAAUCACACCAUUUAGUAGCGACAUUUGUUGUGCUACCGUUUCAGAGCGAGCGGUAUUACCCAUCUAGCGAGCCAUUUAGCUGCAGCUGAAGGUCAUGGCCGAGUCAAAUGUAACGGACGCCAAGCACGCAGACACAUUAAGUCCAAGCCAACAACAUUAUUUGCUGGCCAAGAAUUGCGCAUGCGCAACAUGGACAGCAUUGUCUUCGUCAGUUGCCAGUCGUUGACUUGGCAACCGUUGCGCGUGCCCCGCAUAGCCAAGCAGCUAACCAGGUAACUAGCCAGUCAGGCCCGAAAAAAAAUGAAAAGUGUAAGUGUUGACGCUUUGGCAUUUGGCUAUAAAAGCGCAGCGUUGUCUUCAAUUUGGCAUCACAAAUCAACUGGUCAUUCACUAGCUGACAACUAUCCAAAACCCAAGCAAUCAACAUGUUCAAAUACUUCGCCGUCUGCUUCUUCGCUGUUGUGGCUGUGGCUUCUGCUAAGCCCGGCAUUCUCUCUCCUUUGGCCUACACCGCACCAGCUGUGGUCGGCAGCGCCGCCUACGUGGCACCCUAUGCCUCCAGCUAUAGCGCUCAUCAGGUGGCCCAUAGCGCUGCCUUCCCAGCUGCCUACACUGCGCCCAUUGCUGCCGCCGCCUACACUGCUCCAGUUGCUGCUGCCUACCCCGCUCCUCUGGCUGCCGCAUACACCGCUCCUCUGGCUGCCGCCUACUCCGCUCCUCUGACUGCUGCCUACACUCGUUAUGCCGCUGCUGCUCCUCUGGCCUACAGCGCUCCUUUUGCUGCUCCUUAUGUGGCACGCCCCUAUGCCGCCGCCGCCGCCCCUCUCCUGCUGAAGAAGUAG